AUGAAGGACUCGGUGUUGGGUCUAUUAUUCGCUUUGGCUAUAACAUAUGCCUUAGAACCUGAGGUUAUUUUAGAAGAGCCAAAUGGAGUAAGGCUAAGACUGAAAGAUGAGCCAUCGCUUUUAGGAGUAAAGUUCGAGGUACAACCAGAUGGACAAAAGCUUUACAAAGAGUUCAUAGAACACACAUUGGAUGGAGCAUGGGAGUUUCAUAUACCGGAAGUUAAAGUAGCUCCAGGGGGAAAACUAAGGUACAGACUAACUGCUUAUUACGAGGAUAACAUGAAAGAAACAGAAUGGAUGACACAUGAAGUAGAGAAUUUAAGACCUGUAAGAAGUAUGAAGAGAGCCGUUGUAUUUAGAGAUGACUACAACAAAGACACCUUUGAUCAUAGUAAAUACAGUAUUGAGUGUUCAGCAUGGGGAGGUGGAAAUAACGAAUUUCAAAUAUACACAAAUCAGGCUAAGAACCUUUUUACCAGAGGAGGUCACCUCUACAUCAAACCGACUUUAACAAUAGAUGAUCCUAAGUACGACUCCCACAGACUACAUUAUGGGCGUAUGGUAGCGAAAGAAUUGUGUGGAUAUUGCAGCCAAUCCACUAACUGGGGAUGUGACAAAUCGGCUGUUAAUGGCAACGUCUUAAAUCCAAUUAUGUCUGGAAAAGUUACAACGCAUGCGUCCAUUAGAUACGGAACUGUCACUGUUAGAGCAAAGAUUCCUAGGGGAGACUGGAUUUGGCCAGCAAUAUGGAUGUUGCCAAAGGAUUGGCAUUACGGUGGUUGGCCUCGUUCUGGUGAAAUUGAUUUAAUGGAAGCACGUUGUAAUUCAAAGGUGAAUUGUGGUGGUAACGAUCACGGGAUAGGAGAAGUGGCUUCCACAUUACAUUGGGGACCAUCUACUGACCAUAAUGGCUUCAUGAAAACGCAUGGCGAAAAAGACAAAAAUGGCGGCGACUGGGCAGAUGGCUUUCAUAUAUAUAAAUUAGAGUGGUACGCAGAUCAUAUAAGAGUAACCGUUGAUGGCGACCAAAUAAUGUAUGUAGGGACACCUGGAAAUGGUUUCUACAGUUAUGGAGGGUUCGGUGGCAGCAAUAUUUGGGCAAGUGGUGGCAAAAAUGCACCAUUUGAUCAGCCGUUCCAGUUGAUUAUGAAUGUAGCUGUUGGUGGUGAUUUCUUUUCAUCUGGAUGCAGUUACAACCAUCCACGGCCAUGGACUGACAAUUCACCACGAGAAAUGGGAGAAUUCUGGGAUAGACGUAAUGAAUGGUUGGCAACCUGGCAUGGAGAUAAUGUUGCUAUGCAAAUUGACUAUGUCGAAAUGGUUCAGGCUUAAUCUUGAAUUAAUGAAUAUUAAAUUUGUAUUGACAUAAAUUCUUCUAUCUA